GCAAGCCAAAAUCAGAUAAAGACCACAGGGGUCCCGCUGCACUUAGCUUUCUUCAUUUCAAGGGUCCAUUCUUGUUAAUUUCCAACCUACAAACCUACAACUACAGAACCGGGCAACUACCUAAUUACAUAUCAAAACUUUUUAAUUGCGGUCGAUCGACAGAAGCGGACCGAUUUCAAAGAAAAGAGACAUCACAUAAAAGAAACAGCAAAAAUAAUGAAACCAUCAACACUUCUUUUCUUCGUCACCUGUUUGACGGGCCCGGCGGUAGACGCCGCAGCCAUCUCGGAGAAGGAGACGACGCAUAUUCGAUACUCACAGUUUCCCUCUUACGAAAAGUGCGACACAUCCGAGGCGCACGAUUUGUGGAAGCGUAAGGGUGGUGGCCGAGGCGGAGGUUCAAGCGGAGGAGGCCGUAGCAGUGGUCGUACCGGUGGUAGUUCUGGUAGCACUGGAGGCCGCAGUUCAUCAUCCCCUUCUACCGGCGGCGGCACUGGUAGCGGCGCACGUUCGCCUACAUCAAAUAGCGGAGGCGUAUCCUCCGGUGGCUCCGGCCCUAAGCCAGCAUACGGCGGAGGCUCCGUAUAUGCCGGUGGAGCCAGGAGGCCUUACCAGUCAGGAUCCCGUAUAGGCGCCAUUACGCCCUUCCUCUUGGUUGGUGCAGUGGCACUCGCCUUCUGGCCCUGGAGCUAUGCCCACGGCGCCUACAUGUACCCCUACCACAACCCUUACCACUACUACAACGCGAGCAGCCAGCGCAACGAGACUCGGAAUGUGCUAUGUGGCUGCCAGGAGUACGAGGUGUGCGGUUGCGACGAGGAGAACAACGGCACUGUCAAGGAGCUGGUUGGCGACGGGUCCUACGACAAGAUGGACAAGAGCGUAGUCAACGUCGCCGACGUCAACGGCACGCAAACGAUUGUCAUCGACGGAUCACUGCCGAAUGGCACGACUGCGGAUUCAGCGGCCGCACAACUGUUGUUGACACACGCCAGUUGGUGGCCUGUGGUCGCUACCGUUGCAGCGAUUGUCAUCUGGGUAUAAACGCAACAUAUUUGUCCAAUGCGGCAUGCUGGGCCUCUUUCAGUGUAUUCUUUUGUUUUCGCUUCUCUGUUAAUAUUGACCCAUGAUGGGCCCAACCUUUGUAUAUAUGACGACUUCAUGCACGUAUAUACCCACUGUCACAUUAUUAUUCCGAUAAUGUAUAUGGGCUUUUACGCCG